CCGGGGAGUUGUGACGGCGGGGGAAACUAAGGCCGGCGGGGAGGCACCGAACCCCGGGGAGGGGGCGAACUCGAGGCCGGGGAUUCGGCGCUAUCGUAGUCCAUGGAGGCCGCCGGCGGAGAUGGGGAGCCUGAGGCGCUGAGCUGUUUCUCCUACAACCAGGACUGCACUUCCCUGGCUAUUGGAACCAAAACUGGAUACAGACUUUUUUCCUUGAGUUCCGUGGAGCAGCUGGAUCAAGUCCAUGAAAGCAAUGAAAUCCCGGAUGUUUACAUUGUAGAGCGCCUCUUCUCCAGCAGCCUGGUGGUGGUGGUGAGUCGGUCGAAGCCUCGGCAGAUGAAUGUUUACCAUUUCAAAAAAGGGACAGAAAUCUGUAAUUACAGUUAUUCUAGCGAUAUUCUCUCCAUCCGUCUCAACCGGCAGAGACUGAUAGUUUGCUUGGAAGAAUCUAUUUAUAUUCAUAACAUUAAGGACAUGAAGCUUCUGAAGACAAUCCCGGACAUCCCUCUGAACACAACAGGUUUAUGUGCACUUUCUAUCAACCAUUCCAAUUCCUACUUGGCGUAUCCUGGGAGCACGACUGUUGGCGAGAUUGUGUUGUACGACGGAUACAAUUUGAGAGAUGUCUGUUCGAUCUCUGCCCAUGAUGGGCCUCUUGCUGCCCUGGCCUUCAACUCCACGGGGUCAAAGCUAGCAAGUGCUUCUGAAAAGGGAACUGUCAUUCGUGUUUUUUCCAUCCCUGAAGGACAAAAGCUCUAUGAAUUCAGAAGAGGAAUGAAGAGGUACGUGAACAUCAGCUCUCUAGUGUUCAGCAUGGACUCGCAAUUCUUGUGUGCCUCAAGCAACACUGAGACUGUGCACAUCUUUAAACUGGAACAUCUUACAGACAGCCGGCCAGAAGAACCCCCAUCUUGGAGUGGCUACAUGGGCAAGAUGUUCAUGGCCGCUACCAACUACCUCCCUUCUCAAGUGUCAGGCAUGAUGAGCCAGGACCGGGCCUUUGCCACCGUGCGCUUGAACAUUUCUGGACAAAGGAACAUCUGUGUGCUUUCCACGAUCCAAAAGCUGCCUCGGCUCUUAGUUACAACAUCUGACGGACACCUUUACCUCUACAACCUGGACCCUCAAGAUGGAGGAGAGUGUGUUUUAAUCAAGAAACACGGCUUGCUUGACUUGGGAAAGACAGAAGAAAACAAAGAAAACGAUCUCCGGCCUCCAGCUGCUCAGACUUAUGCUGCUACAGUAGCCAGGCAGAGUUCAAUGCCUUCGCCUUCUAUGAUGCCAGGAUAUUCAGAAGAUGGGGGAGCCCUUCGAGGAGAGAUUAUACCCGAGCACGAAUUUGCCACUGGGCCAGUGUGUCUGGAUGAUGAAACUGAAUUUCCACCUAUAAUCUUGUGCCGUGGAAACCAGACGAACAAAGUGAAGAGAUCAUGAGGCGUGGCAAACAGCAGAGCACAGAGCGGCGGAUGGGAGGAGGUUUGGAAAAACUAAAGGGGAAUGUGGAAGAACCCACAAGUGAGGGAAAACCCUGAGGUGCUCCAGUCCUUUUAACAAAGUAUGUUCAUUCCUAGCCAACCAUUUCUGGCCCUUUGUGUGUGUUUUCUUAAAAGUGCUAUGUAGGUUUGGUAUCAAUGUACUGUAUAUGCACAUUGCCCUAUACUCGAGAACCACCGUGCAAAUGUUACCCUGACCGGACCCAAAUUUUAUAUACAUACCUGCCCUUUUCUAACUUAUGUCAUGUAUAAAUGUACUUAUAGAAAAGUCUAUUGACCUAUGUCUUUGUACAGUGUAUGCAUAAUAUUUUACCCAUGCAGAAUAUUUUUGCAGUGACCUAUUAGGAAAAAACCAGAACCCCCAACCUAUUGUGUUGGAGCUGUGCUGGAAUACCUGUCAAUAAAAUCAUCAUGGUGUCAGCA